AGAAAAUUUGAUAAAACGUUCUUACUUGGACAAAUCUCGUUGAAGGAGCAGGAGUGCGUUAAAGAAAACUUAGUGACAGUGGACGUCUGCCUUCACGCACUUGAGAAAAAAAUACGUGAGACCUGUAUUUUGAAAACUUGGAAACCAAACUUUGCAUUAUGGACCCCAGCAAGUCAGCGACUGCACCUCCGCCAGGAUGGUCUGAGGAGAAGUCCUCCAUGGGCCAGUCGCCCCCGCCGCCCUAUUACGACAACCCCAACCCGGGCUAUCCUCAGCCCGGCCCUGGAUACCCUCCACAGGCUCAGGGCUAUGGAGGCCCAAUGCAGUAUCCAGGUGCACAGCAGACGUACCCGGCACAGCCAGCCACCGUCACCGUCCAGCCCACAGUGUAUGUGACUCAAGGUCCUCUGCCUGACCCUGUCAAUGACUACUUGGGCUACUCCAUCUUCACCAUGCUGUGCUGCUGCCUGCCACUUGGAAUUGCUGCCCUCAUCUUCUCCAUCUCAACCCGUGAGGCAAACCACAUCGGGGACCGGAUGGCGGCGGAGCGGAGCAGCAGGACAGCCAGGACACUGAACCACGUGGCCCUUGGACUCGGCAUCGGCGUCAUCAUCCUCAGCAUCAUCUAUGUAGUGGUUGUGGCUUCUCUGGUGAGCCACUAAAUCUGUUUCAACAGCUUUUCCAAAUUUCUAGUCCCCAUGCUGAUUCUCGUCAGGUAAUCAAAGUACAUCUGGAACAAUACUGGUCACUAAGAUUUGUAAUCCCUAAGCUGCAUGAUUGGCUAAAAGUCCCUUUCAUAUUGUUAUCUCCAGUUAAUUCCAAAUUGUCUUCAUUGUAAUGAAGCAAACAACAUUCUACGAAGUCAUAUUUCAGCAACAUAUUUUGUGUUUGUACUUUGCUUUCUGUGUUAAAACAAAUCAGCAGUUUUUGUUUUUUGAUAUGAAUUCUUAUGCUUCAGGAGUUCAGCCUCAGUAUAGUGUUGCUCCACCACUCAUGCAGAUUUGAAGUGUUUAAAUUCUGUGUUCAGAUAGCUAAUGACUGUCAGUACAGCUUGUGGUGUGUCAGUUCAUUUUGAGUUAAAUUUUGAUACGUUCUGCAAUUCAGAGAGAUUUGUCUGAUUAUACUAUGGGCAAAAUAUUACUGCUUUACUAACAGAAUCGUUGGUUGUAAAUAGGCACUAACACUCUCUAACCUUCUUAAAAGUAUGUUACAGAGUAUUAUAUCUAAAAAUUUAACCAAGGAUGUGUCAAAAAAUACUAAGAAGAGAGAGUCAGAUUUGUUUUUAUUUAGCUCACACUGCACAAGUAAAAUAAAUUAAAAAACAAACAGAGCACCUGUUUAUCAUCAAAAUGCAUUUGAUGUGCGUGUUUAGGCUGAAAGGGGAUCUAGUCCUCUUUUUCCAGUGAUUUUUUUGAAUUGCAAAAAAAGUCCCCAUCUUUGUUCCAGCUGGACAAGCCUUAACAGCUUCACCCAAAAUUAGCAGAAAGAAAGUGGUGAAUUUCCCCACUGCGGGAUCAAUAAAGUUCAUCUUAUGUAUCUUAUGUUCUUAUCUUAUCUUAUCUUAUGUGGCUAACACAUUUCCAAAGCUGUCGUGUGCUAUUUGUCUGAUUAUUUGUUUGAUUCUAUCUCAUGCAAUGUCUUGAUGUUCUGUCCUCAUCUAAGUCUGAAAAAGUUUGACUGUAUACCAAAUUUCUUUAUAAAUAAAGUUUAAGUAUAUUG